AUGUUUGUGUUUUCAGCUGUGGGCGUGCAGGCCAGCCUCUCCGUCAACAUCGUCACCCAGGAAGAGUGGAUCCGCAGCCUCGACAACGUCGACGCCCUUCUCGCUCGUGUGCCGCCGGUGCACAAGGCGCGCUGCGAAGGCGUUCUGCGCGGGCUGAAUCGGAGAGGCUUCUCGCAAGCCUGGCAAGAUUGGAUACUGUACCAAAACUUCUUCGCCGGCAAGGCAGCUGGCUUCUACGUCGAUAUCGGCACCAACGACCCGCUUCGGAUCAGCAACACCGCCUUUCUGGACAUCUGCCUGGGUUGGAGGGGCCUUUGUGUUGAGCCACAACCCCGCUAUCACCGCGCAAUCCGGUCGCAACGCUCCUGCGCUCUCCUUCCAAAAUGUGUCAUGGGUCGGCCAAUGCGCAUAAGACACUCUGGGCAGGGGGGAAUCUUUAGAACUCGACGAGCGAGGGCUGACGCAUCCAACUCGACGUCCAUGCAAUGCGUCGGGCUGCUUGACGCUUUGGUUGCAAACGGCCUGGAAGGUCGCACCGUCGACUUGCUCAGCAUCGACAUAGAGGGCAGCGAAGCCGAGGUGCUGAGGUGCAUGCCGUUUGAGCGUCUUGACAUCCGAAUGGUCUUGAUCGAGACGAAUACGGCGGACCUUCGCGCGUUGGAUGCCUUCUUCGGCUUCCACGGCUUUGCGAACGUGGCCACGCUGCUUCAGACGGACCGGACAUGGCUCGACAACCUGUACGUCAAGCUGUCUUCCAAGCUCCGCCACCCCGGCAGAGCUGGAGCAUGCUCCAGCGCGGACAAAGGCCUCACCAUGUGUAUGGGAGGGGGGGAGUGGCAGGCGUGGGCGAACCCAAAGGCCAGCGGCGCGUGGGGACCGUGCGGAGAUUCCCCGUGA